AUGAAGCGAUUCCUUGGUCUUGAGAAGCGACUUCAUCGUGACUCAAGUAUGAGAACUUCAUAUGUUCAAUUUUUGCGCGAGUAUUUAGCCUUGGGACACAUGCGACUCGUACCCGCACAUGCGGUCGAUAGGGAAUCCGUUUAUCUGCCUCAUCAUGGGGUGUUUAAGGGGAUCGGCCGGAAUGCGAAGUUACGUGUGGUUUUUGACACAUCGUGCAAAACCACGUCGGGAAUUUCUUUGAAUGACGCCUUGAUGAUAGGUCCUACGGUUCAGCAGGAUUUGAUAUCAAUUCUCACUCGUUUUCGCACGUUCGCGUACGUUUUUACUGCAGACAUAGUUAAAAUGUAUCGACAGAUACUUAUUCAUGAGUCACAGCUACAUCUGCAACGAAUAUUGUGGCGCGAGAACUCGAAUUCGCCAGUCGGUACUUAUGAGUUGCUUACCGUUACUUACGGCACGGGCUCGCCGCCAUUUCUCGCGACGAGAUGCCUUCAACAUUUGGCACAAAAACAUGCCCUCGAUUAUCCUGCGAGGGCACAAUGCGUUCUUCGGGAUUUUUAUGUAGAUGACUUACUCGCGGGCGCCAAUACAUUGUCCGAAGCAGGGCGCAUUCGUGACGAGGUGAUAGCCUUGUUAAGGCGCGGACAGUUUGAGCUCGGCAAAUGA